AUUAAAGAACAAGGAAUGCUUCCCAACCUUGACGAGAUAGAGAAUGUUUCAUCUCAGAACCUUAGUCAGUACUUUCCCAUGGGAUUCACUCUUGCUGUUGUUCACUCUUGCUGACUGAGGCCUACUCAUGCUAACUUAAAAGAGACUCUCGUCGCAAAGAGGAUCUCUAGAUCCAUGUCCCUUUUCCCUUAGCCAUUCUCCAACAGGAAUAGAUGCUUGCUUACGGUGACUACGUGCAACCUCUCCACACCUCUGUUAUUGUUUAGGGUACUUUUGAGACUGUAUUACUGCCUUCUCAAAAAGCAAGCAAACAAACAAACAAACAAAAAAACAAAACCAAACCACCACCCAAACACCAGAAGUGCAUAGCAAUGUGCUUUGCCUCAGUGACAGAAGAAAGGGAGGGCAGGUGCAAGGAGCUCCAUUCCCGAGCCACCGGCUCUGGUCCUCGCAGGGGUUUGUGCGUUUUGGAAUUCGGUCUGCUCCCGCUUUUGGGGCGCCUGCCCGCAGCCACGGCAAUUCGGAGCGGUCCAGGAGCUCCGAGCGCCAUUGUUUCGGGGAGGGCGUGAGGGCGCUGCUUUACCGCGGCGGCCGGAGCCCGCCCGUCCACGCUCGGACGCUUGCGGACCGUGGGAGGAAGGGAGCGGCAGCGGCGGCGGGGCGGCCGCCCGGGAAGGGGGGCUGGGCCCCCCCCGCCGGGGAAGGCCGUUCCCGGGGCGGGCGAGGGGCGGGCAGGAGGGCCGGGCUAUCGCGGGGGAAAAGCAGCGGCGGUCGGCGCAGACGGAGCCCACGCCCCGCGCUGCCGCCGCCGCCGCCGCCGCCGGCCGGGGACGCCUCGUCCGCCUCCCGCCAUGGGGCUGCAGCCCCGGCGCGCCGCGGGGCCCUGUCCGCCCGCGGGGAGAUGCAGCGCGGCCGCCUGGGCCCGCGGCGAGGAGCCGGAGGGGGCUCCCGGCCGCACCGCCUCCCUGCCGCCCGUCCUGCCGCCCCCCGCCGCCGCCUCGCCCGUCGCAGCCCGGGCGCAGCCCAAGAAGCCGCCGGCGGCGGCGGCGGCGGCCCCCAAGAAGGCAGCGGCGCGGCCCGCGGAGGAGAAGGCGGCGAGGAAGGCGCGGGGGGCGCCGGCGGAGCGGGCGGGCCCCCUCUCCAGCUCCUGGCCUUGCUCCUCCCUGCAGCGGCAGCCGCCGCGGAGGCCGCCGGCCGAGCGGGGGGCGCGGCCCCAGCCCGUCCCGCCGCAGCCGCGGGGGCGGCCGGGGGCGGCGGGGGCGGGCAGCCGGUCCUGCGAGAGCCUCGGCGGGGCGGCGGGGGAGGCGGCGCUGCGCUUCUCGCUGAGCCUGCCCCCGGAGGCCAUCCGGGUGCUGCAGCGGCGCAGCCUGGAGCGGCAGCGGGGGCAGCCCGCCCCCUCCCCCGGCGGCAGAGCGGCCGCGGCCACGGCCACGGCCACGGCCACGGCCCCGGCGCGCCGCGGCGCCCGGGCGGGCGGCGGCGACUUGCGCGCCCUGCUGAAGAUCUCGCUGCUCAACGACAGGCACCGCUACGACGACGAGGAGUACGAGGAGGAGGAGGAGGCGGCGGCGGCGGGGGCCGCGGUGGACGAAGGGCUGGUGCGGAAAUGCACCGAGUGGCUGCGCGGCGUGGAGAGCGCGGCCGGCCGCGACCGCCCCGACAGGCUGGAGACGCUGCCGCACCUCGGCACCCUCUGAGCCCCGGCGGGGGAGCGGGGGCGGCCCGGCGGGGCCCCCGGCUGCCGUCGGAAGCCGUCGUGUCCUUUGCGGUGCCGGCCGCGCCGGGGGAGGCCCGGCGGCCGAGGGCAGGGGGUGGGCGCCGGGGCGCAGCUCCCGGGGCCGCCGCGGGGGCGCGGGACAAAGGGGCGGCGGUGCCCGGGCGCGGGAGGAGCCGGCUGCGGGCGCCCUGCCUCGCCCCCCCCCCCCCAUCUAUUGUUUUCGGGGUUUUGUUGUUUUGGUUUUUUUUUUAAAAAAAUACUUCUGACUACUUUAUAAGACGUGCGUAAUGAUUUUGUAUAUUUGUACAUAAAAGUCCGUUUUUAUUUAUUUGAAUAAACGACUUUCGUGUCGCAGUAGCCUUGGCGCUUCGGUAGC